GCUCGGGCGGUCCUGGAGGCAGGGGCGGCUCCGGAGGCUCGGGUGGUUCUGGAGGCUCGGGAAAUACUGGAGGCCAGGGCAGUCCCGGAGGCUCUGGCGGUGCUGGAGGUUCAGGUAGAUCUGGUUCUGGGGUCCUUAGCAGCUCUGGAGGCUCAGGCAGCUCUGGAGGAUCGUGCAGCACUGGUUCCAUGCGUUGCUGCGACACUUAUGCGCCCUACGAAUCUGACGAGGGCAAGGCCUAUCUGAAGGAGUAUGGCCUGGAAGCUCAGUCGGGCUCAGGUGGCGUGGGGCUCAGCUGCAGCUCCAUCAUCCCCGCUCUCAGCGACACCUGCAGCUCCAACCCUGUUUGCUGCACAGACGAUGAUGAUAGCGUGCUUUCGAUUGUGGUUGGCUGUACCCCCAUCCAACUCUGAGAGAUCUGGGAGUCGUCUUCGGAUAUUCGUAUGAGCCUGCUUCAU